AUGACUCGCGUGACCUAUGGGAUACGUUCAUCUGCAUACCAUUCAACUAGAUCCCUCACGGAAACAGCUUUAGAUGUUGACGACGAAAUCACCGCUCAAGUCAUAAGAAACGAUUUUUAUGUCGACGAUGCUCUUACAGGUGCAGACACUGUGGAAGAGGCAGUCGUAUUACAAGAUAAUCUUAUAUCAACACUCAAGAAAGGUGGUUUCGAUCUUCGAAAGUGGUCAAGCAAUUGCCCACAAGUAAUCACAAGAUUACCGACUUCAUUGCAAGAGGCACCCGAAGCCUACACAAUCUGUGACAAACAGUACUCAAUCAAGACCCUUGGUGUGAAGUGGCACCCAAUCACUGAUCAGUUUUCGUUCACUGUAACAAGAAUGCCUGAAAUAUCAAAGUUGACAAAGAGGAAACUGCUGUCUGAUGUUUCCACAUUCUACGAUCCCAUGGGGUGGCUUUCUCCUACAAUCUUACAGUUCAAGAUUCUCUUGAAAGAAUGCUGGCUGGCUGGAUCUGAUUGGGAUGAACGACUUCCGGAAUCUAUUGAGAUGUCAUGGAGAAAUUCUAGAGGAGAACUUUCUUUGCUUCAAAAUUUAACAAUCAACCGACCUUUAACACAUCAAUCGCCUAUUGUUGAAAUGCAACUUCAUGUGUUUUGUGAUGCCUCAGAGCGCGCAUUUGCUGCAGCAGUUUACUCCCGUUGUACGGAUGCCAAUGGAAAUGUUGUUCUAAACCUCCUCUCCGCUAAGACAAAGCUCUCUCCCAUUAAGCAAAUAAGUAUACCAAGAUUGGAACUUAGCGCUGCUGCCUUAGGCUGCAAAUUAUUGAAAGCAUGCCUGGAUGCAUUCUCUUCUCAGAAGAAGCCAAUGCUCAAACUCAUCGGAUGGACUGAUUCGACUGUAUAUCUGUCGUGGAUCAACGACCACCCAGCAAAAUGGUCAUGUUUUGUUGGCAAUCGAACCACAGCAAUACAAGAAAUUAUUCCACCUGCCUCUUGGAAGCAUGUUCCCUCAGCCGAAAAUCCAGCGGAUUGCGCCUCCAGAGGAUUGGCCCCUAAUCUUCUCCUUCCUCAUAAACUUUGGUGGAAUGGCCCUUCCUGGCUCGCCGAAAAUCCAAUCACAUGGCCCCAACAACCGUCAAUCAUCAGUAACGAGGAUUCAGAGAGACGCAAGCGAACGAUUCUUCAUGCGUAUAAGGUACCUCUAUGUCAACCAUUCGAGACCAGGUUCUCUGUUAUGUCUAGACUUGUACGAGUGACUGCAUGGCUACUCCGAGCUUCAAAGUUGUUAAGGAAAAUUACAACUCCUAAAGGCAAUCUUAUGGCAGAUGAACUCGUCACGGCACUACACGCACUUCUAGCAAGCCAUCAAAAGGACUUUUUCAAUGAUGAGAUCUCGCAACUAUCUGAGAAGACAUCCUACAGAGGAGCACUCCUGUCGCUGACGCCCUUUGUUGAAAAAGAUAGCGGUCUUUUACGAGUGGGGGGGAAGGUUAGCGCAAAGUGA